AAUGGCAAUACAGCUAUGAUAAAUGGCAAUACAGCUAUGAUAAAUGGCAAUACAGCUAUGAUAAAUGGCAAUACAGCUAUGAUAAAUGGCAAUACAGCUAUGAUAAAUGGCAAUACAGCUAUGAUAAAUGGCAAUACAGCUAUGAUAAAUGGCAAU